AUGACUGCUGCAGCAUACACUAUUAAAAAUAAGCUGGAUGAGAUGGGCAUAGAGUUAGCUACCAAUAAGACUGAAAUGGUCAUUUUGGCGGGAAGACAGAAGAUGGAGGAGGUAGAAUUUAGCUGGUGCAAUACCAACAUUAAAAGCACAAGGGCGGUAAAAUACAUGGGAGUUUGGCUAGAUAAAGACGCUCGGAUGACCACCCAUAUUCGAAAACUUCAGGAAAAAACAGAGGCAAUCAUAAAGCAGUUAUCCAGAGUUAUGCCCAAUCUGAAGGGACCGGUGGCAGAAAAGAGGAGGACAUUGGCCUCGGUGGUGUCUUCCACGAUUCUGUAUGCGUCUCCCAUAUGGGAGAGAGCCCUAAAAUACAAACUCUACGAAAAUAUCUUAGACUCCAUAAAUCGUAAAAUAGCGCUGAGAGUAACAUCGGCAUAUAGAACAUCUCCAACUAAGGCCAUCCUGGUCCUAGCCGGUAUCCCACCGAUAAAGCUCCAAACAGAACAAAGAAGUCUAGUGUAUAAACAUGGAGACCAAUUCAGAUUUGAGGCCAGAAAUAUUAUACUGGACAAAUGGCAGGAUGCGUGGUCGCAAUAUCAAGGAUGGGCUAAAACGUUUAUUUUAGAUGUAAGGUUCUGGGUAAACUGCAAGGCAAUUAAUAUAGACCAUUUUGUGACACAAGCCAUUACCGGAAACGGGGUUUUUGGCACCUACCUAAAAAGAAUCGGUAAAAGGGACAGCGACACUUGCACUUACUGUAAUACUGUGGACAGCCCGGGUCAUACAAUAUUUCUCUGCCCUAGGUGGCAAACGAUAAGGGAAGAAACAGAAGAAAUAUGCCAAAGGAAGCCGGAGGAAAACACAGUUGGUAUCACCAUUAGUGAGGAUGAAGGAAAGUGCCGAGCCAUUAUAUCAAUGCUGCAUACCAUUAUGAAACAUAAAGUAGACGAUGAGAUUAAACCCAAAAAUUGGUGA